UGAAGGCCUCCAAAUUUUCUCUCAAUUAUUUCUUCAUUUCUCUCUCUGAUUCACUAAACAAAAACAAAACAGAGUCAAAUCGAAUUCACUCUUGGAAGUUUCUUUUACAUUAUUUGAUCACCUUCUGUUCCUUUCGUGUUGCAGCUUUUGAACCUUCAUUACCGCCGCCAUAUUUUUUCAUCGCUCUGCAAAAAGACAUGUAUAAUUGGGAGAGAAAGCUUAGAGAUGAUCCAUACCGAAGAGAGAAGAAAAACUCACACCCAUCUUUUUCUUCGUCUCUUCUCGAUGAAAUCUACCGCUCAACUUCGAACGACGACGGGGUGACAAAAUCUCCUGACUUGAAGUUCUACAGACAAACCAUGCUGAAGCAGCAGGCAAAAAACGGUUUCAGGAGCGACGGGGCCAUUGAAAAGGAACAUUUUUCGAGUCUCCAUCGAGGUUUUUGGAUUGAGAAAUGGAUGGAGAAGAAGGUUAUUGAAAAGGCCAUCAACAAACAGAGACAGUUUUUGACAGAAUACGAGAGAAAAUCACAUCAAGAUCAUGAUCAUGAUCAAGAUGUUCUUUGUUUUAGCUCUACCUCAAUUUCAUCAGAUUCGAGUUAUGGAGGAUUUUCUUCCUCUGACACUGAUUCGUUUUACGGUUCAAGAACAAGGUCUUCUAGCUUCGUGAGGCCUGAGCGGACGAGAACGAUCAUCUCGACUCAGGCAGAGAAAACGAAGAAAACAGAGAGGCCUCUGUUUUAUGAACCGAGAGAAUCUCACAUGCUUGAUGACUAUCACUACAAUUCGGCCACAAAACACACUCCAAAGGUCGAAGAAAAACUCAUCAAGUCAAAAUCAAAGGCCUUAAAAUUUUACAGCAAUCUGAAAAAGAUUAAACAGCCAAUUUCACCAGGUGGUCGUCUCGCAAGUUUCAUCAACUCUCUGUUCACAGCAGGAAAUGCAAAGAAAUCAAGGAGUUCAUCUACAAUUAAUGAAAACUUUUACGAUUUGAACUCAGAGAGAAACUCAAAUUCCGGCCAAGUGUCGACAUGUUCGUCAGCAUCGUCAUUUUCAAGAUCCUGUUUAAUCAAGAAUUCUCCUUCUACAAGAGAGCGACUGCACAAUGGGGUCAAAAGAAGCGUUAGAUUCUACCCAGUUAGCGUAAUUGUUGAUGAAGAUAGUCGGCCAUGUGGACACAAAUGUUUAUACGAAGAACCAACUACAUGGAAAAUUGGAAAAUCCCCAUCAAGAAGGAAGGAGGAAGAGCUAAAGUUUCAGGGCAUAGAGAGAAAAGAACGUGCUGGUGUAGUACCAAGGGAGUUUUUGAAAUAUUAUCAUCAAAACCAAGGGAAAACUGGGUUACUAAUGAGAGACAUUCGAGUUAAUUUCGAAGACGAUAACAACGAGGAUGAUGAUGAUGCUGCAAGUUGCUCGAGUUCAGAUUUGUUCGAGCUUGAUCAUCUUACUGUAAUUGGGGAUAAUAGAUAUUGUGAAGAACUUCCAGUGUAUGAAACUACUCAUGUUGGUACUAAUCACGCCAUUGCUAAUGGCUUGAUAAUCUAGUUUUAGUUAUAUGAUCCGUAUAGAACAAAACUGUUUGUUUAUUUUUUAUUAAGUUUGUGUUUAGUGAUGGUGAAGGUCUUCAGAGACUAGAUUCUAAACUAGUCCUUUUUGAAAUGGGAAAAUUUUGUUUUUCUA